AUUAGCCCAGGCCCAUUGGCCUAACAUCACUAUUUAAGUCAGUUAAGAUUGGUCGAAUUAGGGUUUUGCUUCGCUCACUCGGUCUCAUCUUGUAGUUUCACCUUCGGAAGCCGCGCUCAAUCGUGAGCAACCAUGAUCAUUCCCAAGAAGAACCGCCAUGAGAUCUGCAAGUACCUCUUCCAGGAGGGGGUGCUUUACGCGAAGAAGGAUUAUAACCUCGCCAAGCACCCGGAGAUCGACGUGCCGAACCUUCAGGUGAUCAAACUGAUGCAAAGCUUCAAGUCGAGAGAGUACGUGAGGGAGACCUUUGCGUGGCAGCACUACUAUUGGUAUCUCACCAAUGAUGGUAUUGAGUUCCUAAGAACCUAUCUUAAUCUUCCCUCGGAAAUUGUCCCUGCAACCUUGAAAAAAUCUGCAAGACCGCCUGCACGUCCAUUUGGAUCUGGUCCUCCUGGUGACCGCCCAAGAGGGCCACCACGGUUUGAGGGUGAUAGACCAAGAUUUGGAGAUAGGGACGGAUACCGUGGAGGACCUCGGCCUGGAGGCCCCCCAGGUGAAGCUGGUGACAAGGGCGGCGCGCCGCCUGAAUUCCAACCUUCUUUCAGGGGUGCAGGUGGUGGCCGGCCUGGAUUUGGCCGCGGAGGUGGAGGAUUUGGAGGUGGUUCUGCAUCUGCUACAUUCCAGUAGAUUUAGCCGAAGUUACUCUGCGCGCACAAACACAUCGAGCACUUAGUGAUGCUUUUGCUUUGGUGAUUAUUGAGUUGAUUGGUGUUUGUAGUAUCUGCAGUUCAGAUGCAUGGUACAUUGGUAGUUGACACUUGCCCUUGAUUAGAAGUUGCAAUUUUCAGUUGAUUUUUUUUUAA